GUUCAACGAUAUUAGUCGCCUAAUGAGCUCCUCGAGUCGCAUCGGGAUUCAUUUUGUUGUCACUUUGGAGACACGGUCGUCUUCACUUGAUUGAUCGAGUUAGUUGUCACGGUAUCGCCUAUUGUUCCGAUACCUUGACAAAAUGAGGACCGAGUUUGAGAACCUUUUGAAGCCCUUGGCAGUGGGAGACCUCGAGUUGAAGAAUCGCGUGGUCAUGGCGUCUUUGACGAGAAAUCGUGACAGCAUUCCGCGACAAAAUCUCCAUGUUCCUUACUACGCCGAGCGAGCAGGAACAGGAUUAAUUAUCUCCGAGGCUGCUUUGAUCUGUCCUCAGGGGGUUGAAUGGACAUUCAUGCCUGGAAUUUACUCAGAAGAACAUGUCAACGGCUGGAAAAGGGUCACGCAGGCUGUUCAUGAGCGUGGUGGCUUGAUCUUCUGUCAACUCCACCACGUCGGACGCGUGGCUCAUCCUCAAACGCGAGUCCAGCGAGAGUCUGGCGAACCCGUUCCUGGUCCCUCUGCAAUCGCCGCAAGAGGAGGCAAGUUCCGUAAUGUGCCUGGAGCGCCAGGCUACGUCACUCCAACGCCAAUUGAGGAUCCAGAAAGGAUCAUCGCGCUCUAUGGUCGGGCAUCUCGCCUGGCCAAGGCGGCCGGGUUCGACGGCGUGGAGAUUCACAACGCCAACGGAUAUUUGCCCAUGCAAUUCCUAGAAUCCCAUAGCAAUCAUCGGCAGGAUAAGAACCGCAUUGGCGUCAAGAUUGCCCCUUGCGGCGGAUACAACGACAUGGGAGAGCUUGAUGCCGAUGGUAAGCCGUCGGUCGAUGCUGCAAAGACAACUUAUGGAGCCUUUUGUGCCGAACUUGAUAAGCUUGGUCUUGCUUAUGUCCAGGUGAUGCGAUGGUGGGCAUCAUACGAUUUGAUGAUCAAUGGUCAGCCGCGGGGAGUUCGAUGGGACCCGAUUGCGUACCUGCGGCCAAUCCUCAAGAAUACACUCCUUUUCGGAAAUACAGCUUUCGAGCCGUUGGAAGCUGACGAAUGGAUCAAGAAUGGGACCAUGGAUGGAGUGGUAAUUGGCCGGCCACUACUCUACAAUCCGGACUAUGUUGAAAAGCUUCAAGCUGGCCAAGCCGGUAGCCUCUAUCAAGAACAACCGGGCGACGAGCAUUGGUGGUAG